AUGGCGGCGACGAAGAUAGCUGUGUAUUCUAUAUCAGAUCUCAAGAACACCACCGACGAUGCCCUCCCCAAUUAUCUCACGUCCCUGAAAUUCAAGCAAUCACACUUCCUCACCGAUGUGCGAUUGGCGCUGGGAUACUCGGCUGUAGUCAUUGCUGCGAUCACUUUCUACGCCGAUUACAAAUUAGGAUGGGACAAGACCAAAUACUGGACGUUCUGGGCUGUCCUCGUUUACUUCACCUUGAACGGAGCUCUGACGUUCUGGAUAUGGGGCGUGGAGAAGGGGAAAGUCUUCGCGGGACAGAUUGAUCACCCAAAAGUGGGACGAAAGUCGCCGCUAUCAAUUGCCUCAAGCGUUGCGAAGCACACUCCCAUUUACAACAUCACGGUCGAAUACUCGAAUUCAAAAGGCGAAACAAAAACUCUAAAGCUUUCAUCACCAUUUACUCGAUGGUUUGACGUCAACGGGUUCUUUGUUGCGAAACCGUUCCAGCAAUGGCUUGCGUUAGAGAUCCCACUUAUAGGCCAGGUCGACCCCAAGAACAAGGACGACGACGCAAAGUCCGCGGCGAGUGCAAACGGAGAAUCUGAAGUCGACGGGCCAGUGGAGAAUGAGAAGUAUGAUACCCCGAAGAAGUCGACCUCAAGCGAUGCUGCGCCAACGAGUACGAGGUCCAGGAGAGGGAAAAGGGGAUAG